AUGUCCGAGCCCUGCGCCACCCAGGGCGCCUCCAUCAACGGCGGCCCCCCAAACGCGGUGCUCGCGACGCUCGCGCCGGGCGCCACCUUUGUGUAUGACAACACAGACAGCAAGCAGCGCAGCCGCUGCGGCACGGACGUCGCGUCCGACCCGCCGGGCAAGCAAAUCUGCUGGAUAUUUGCGUCAGUGCCUGGCGGCAAGUCUGGCUGGCUGCCAGGGAUCAGGGGGACGUUUGAGAACGCGUUCUGCGAGCUGACGAGGCCGCAGGACGGGCAGCUGCUGGCCGGCUUCGGAGUCGGCUGCCCUUAUUCUUGCAAGCCCGGCUACGGCGGCCCCAAUUGUGACAUGUGCAUCCCCGGCCACGGCGGCAGCAAGUGCGCGCUGUGCGACGCGGGGACCUUCUCUCGGGGCGGCAGCCCCUCAAGCACCAAGCCGCAGUGCACGGCGUGCCCCAGGGGCAGCACGCCCGGCAACGGCAGCACCACUGCCGCGGCCUGUACGGUCGCAGGCCCAGUGCGCUGCUUUGGUGGCAAUGGAUACGGCCAGUCAAACGUGCCGCCUGACCUUGGAAACGUGUCCGCCGUCUUUGGGGGCGACAGGCACUCGUGUGCGCUGACAACCUCUGGUUACGUUCGUUGCUGGGGCGACAACAGCGACGGCCAGUCCACGCCGCCUGCAGACCUGGUGCGGUGCUUCGGCGGCAGUCAGUACCAGCAGACCGCGGUGCCGCCCGACCUGGGGUCGGCGGCGUCGAUUACAGCAGGCGGCUACCACACGUGCGCGGUGACCGCGGCCGGCGCGCUGCGUUGCUGGGGCGCCAACGGCGCCGACCAAUCAAGCGUGCCGGCGGACCUGGGCAACUCGUCGAUCGUCGUUUCGGCCGGCGGCUUCCACACGUGCGCGCUGCUGUCGAAUUUCUCAGCCAACGGCAGUGUAGUCCGGUGCUUUGGCCUCGCCUCAGACGGCCAGAUCGCGGUACCCUCGGAUCUCACGAACCCAGUGGCGGUCUCAGCGGGGUUCUCACACACGUGUGCGGUGACGUCAUCCGGUGGCGUGCGGUGCUGGGGCAGCAACCGGUCCGGCCAGGCCUCGCCGCCGCCCGGCCUCGCUAAUGUGGCUGCCGUGUCGGCCGGCGACGCCCACACGUGCGCCUUGCUGGCCAGCGGCGUCGCGAGGUGCUUCGGGCGGACGGACAGUGGCCAAACGGUCGUGCCGACCGGCCUGCCAGGCCCUGUGACGGCGGUGUCUGCUGGGUUCGGCACGCACACCUGCAUCCGAACCGGUUAA